AUGGGCGGCCGCAGCCGGCAGGCGGGAACCGGGGGCGACGCCAUCUCCCGGCCGCCCGGGCGGCCUCGGGGCGCCGGCUGGUUUUUUCUCCCCAGCUCUUGCCCGGAGCGCUGCCGGCAGGACAGACCCUCCGGCCUGGCGCUGGCUCUGCCGGAGCCGGGGAGAGCUCGGACCGCUCAAAGCGUGCUGUGGUGGGAGCAGAGGCCGCUGCAGGGACCCACGCCGGCUCCUGCAGCCCCGUGGGCGAGACGGUGGAGCCGGCCUGGCCGGGCACGGGCAGCGACGGCCAUCCCGGUGCCAGGCGGCUGUGCCGACGCGUGGGGAAGGCUCAUCCCGGUGCCCGGGCGAGGAGCACAGCCCCGAGGCGGUGAGCGCCGGGGGACACCGGCGGCGAGGACGUGCCCGGUGAGGGACGGACGGACGGAUGGACGGAGGACCCCAGCCACGCCGGGAGCUGCGGAGCCCCCAGGAAGAAGCCGGGCUGCCUGCGCCCAGGCCGACGCUGCCGCCUGCCCCGCUCCUGGCUGGGGACAGCCCUGCCUCGCCCGGCCGGUGACGCCGCGGCUCCAGCUCAGUUGUUUGGGCCCCCGUUUGUUUUGGGUCCCGUUCCAAUUGCCGGUGCCGUCGGUUUGGUCGUGCGGGCUCCUGUCUGUUGCUGCUCCAGCUCGUGGACGGCUCCAGUUCCGUUUGCAGGCCCAGCUCAGCUUUGGUUCCUGUUCCAGCUCGUGGACGGCUCCGGCUCAUUUCCAUGCCCGCUUGCGGAUGGUUCCAGCUCGAGUUUGGCUGCAGCUCCCGCUCCUCGCCACUUCCAGUUGGUCUGCGGCUCCAGCUCGUGCUUGUUAAAACGAUCUUGGCUUUUGGCAAGGUCGUAAAUCAAUCACUGUCUUCACUUGCAUAUGAAUAUUAAAUGUCAU